AUGUCGCGAAGAAACAGUAUAAUCGAUGCCUAUGGCACAGUCGAAAGAAAAAUUCGCUCAACAAUGGAUGAAUUAUCAAAAUUAUGGGAUGAUAUUGAUAUGGCAGAUGCGAUGAGAGUUAAUCGAGUUGACAAAGCAUUCACUCAUAUUGUUUCGUUGUGUGAUGAUAUGUUAGCCGGUGAACAAGAAAUGGUCAUGAAUUUGAAAAAUACUAUCAGAGAAAACACCAGAACAGUUCAAAAGUACAGAAGUGAACUCGAAAUGCCGCCAUUCACAACUCCACCAGGAAUCAAAGAGAAUUCAGUUGCUCUUGUAAGUUUUUGAAGUGUUUUUUUUUAAUUUUAAUUGAUUUUCAGAUGAGACAUAUGAAAACAGAAAUUGAAAGAUUGGAGAGUGAAUUUAAUGCGCGGCAUGAGAAACAACGUGAACUUGUUGAGAAAAUUGAGAAGUUGAAAGUGAGACUCGACUCAAAUUUUGAAUUUAACCAUCCAAUUGAUUCACUAUUCCCACGUAAAGAAAACGACAAAUAUGAGGAUGAAUGCGAGAAAAUGGGAGAAUUGCUAAGCGAACGAUUCACAGUCAUUGAACAUUUACAAUCUGAAAUGAAAGGAUGGUCACGUAUUUGUAAUGCGAUUUCAGAAUCUGCCAGAGAUAAUCAGGUUUUGCAAGAUCUAUUGACAUCGAAUAUCGAUUCUGAAUCGUUUGUCUUCUCAAAAUCAAACGUUGAUUUGUAUGGAGCAUUCCACGCGGAGGUGAGCCUUUUUUGAAAAGUACAUUUUAAUUUUUUUUAAAUUCAGAUGAAGCCAAUAUAUGAAAGUUGGUUGGAAGAAAUGGAAUUCAGAUGGCUUGAAAAAUACGGUGAAAUUGCUGAUCUCUGGGAUAAAUGUAUGAUUCCGGAACAUGAACGUAUUUUCGCAGCCAGAUUUGAACCUGGUCGUCACAACGAACAACAUAUUAUUGAAAUGGAGAAAGAAUGUAAUAGAUUGCGAUUGAAAUACGAAGCAUGUAAAGCAAUUCUCGAUAUUGUUGAACAUUGGAAAUCAUAUUGGAAUGAAAAAUUGGAUAUUGAGAAUCGAAGAAAGCAAGCAAACUAUUAUAAAAAUACAAAUGUUUUGCCAGAUAACAAAAGAGAACGAGAAUUGACUCAUUUGAUGACAUUGGCUGAAAAAAAAAAUUAUGAAGUCUUGCGAAGAAUAUGAUGAAAAUCAUCAAAAUGAACCACUUUUGUAAGUUUUUUUUUAUGAAAUAGAAUUUGGGCAAUUUGUAAUUUUAGGAUCAAUGGAAUGACACCGAAUGAAUAUGUCGAAUCAAUCAAAGAAGAACACAAACGUGAAUUGAAAUUUGAACUUCAAUUGAAAAAAGAAGAACGGACUCGAAUUCAAUCUCCACAGCCAAGCGAAAAAAGCUUAAAACGUCCGAUUCCACGUUUCCGAACUCCAAAAUCAGCCAAAACUGAACCAUCUGCUAAAAGAAUUCAUUUCGAACCAGUACUUCCAACGUGUUUUUCGCCAGUCACAUCAGAACAAGUCAGUUUCAUAACACCAGUUCGAAGACCACAAGUUGGACCAAAAACAUCUUCACCGAAAAGUUCGUACACACCUUCAAGAACAGCAACUCCGUUACACGAAAGAGUUAUGACACCAUCUUCGAUGACGUCGAGUGCAUCAAAAAGACCAUUAUCAAGAAGAAAUCUUUAA